GGAGUGAUAGAAGUAAAGAGUGGGAAGGAGGGAGAGAUAAAGAAGGAAUGGGAAGAGAAAUAAAGAAGUAAUGAGGACGAGAAGGAAAAGAUAAAGAAACAAGCAGGGGAUGGGGAGAUAUAGGAAUGAAGAGGGAGAGAGAAGGAGGAGAGACAAUGAAACAAUAGAGGGAGAGAUAAAGAGAGAAAGAGGGGGGACGAUAUAGUGAAAAUAGAAAUAAUAAAAUGGAGUCAGUUGAGAGUUAAAGGCAUGACAAAAGUUGUCCAGAGAUUCUAACCGGUCAAACACCGUAGAAGCACCUUUUCUAAGUCUCCCCCACACAUACAUACAUAUAUAGACAUAUAUACACAUAUAUAUAGAUAUAUAUAUAUUCUGUUCAUACAUAUACGUAAAUAUAUUUAUUAUUAAAGGGGUCUUUGGAAAGAGACCGGCCAGUUUUGUGUGUGUGGUGUGUGGAGGGUGAACCUAGAAUGCAGGAGCAAUGAAUAAGAAGGAAAAAAGUGGGGGACAGAAGAAAAAAAAACUCCCGGAAAGAUACGUAAGAGAAUGAUAAUAGUAGGAAGAGGAAAUUUAAAGGAAGAAAUCAAAGAAGAAGGCGAAGAAUAAAGAAGAAAGAAAGCGAAACGUUUGUAAUAAGAAAGGUGGAAGUGUCUUUCAAUCGUCAAUUGUUAAAAAAAAGAAGUGAGUGAUUUGUUUUGUUUUGUUAUUUUCUAACCAAAGAGAUAUUUCACAAUGUUCCUGGCGGACGGCUGCUGUGAGAGAAUGGUAAUGCCAAGAUUAAUAACAACAAUAUUAUUGAUCAUAUCACCGAUGUUACUAAUGAUGCUGACAACGACGAUGAUGAUGAUGAUGAUGCUGGCAAUGGCGGAGGCGGCGGCAGCGGCGGCGGCGGUGGUGGUCGCUCCGAAUGUUUUAGUUCCGACACUGAAUUAUUAACCCAUUUCAUAACCUUUAAUUAAUUAUACCCUUGUUUAAAGUUUUACUGAAAAACUAAUUGAUAUACCAGCGAAAGGAUAACAUAAAAAACACAAAAUAAUAAUAAUUAUAACAACAACAGCUACUAAUAACUAAUUAAUUAGUGGAUAUAUAAAUGAAUGUAAGUCUGCGUGUAUAUUUGUGUGUGUGAUUUAUUAAAGCAGAUAAAUAAGGAAGGAAAAAAAAAUAGAGAAUAUCAGGAAGACUUAAUAUAAUAAAUUCCUUGGAAUACACACACUCACAUAUAUAUUAGUGUUUACAGCUUUCUGUUGGCAUAUUUCGAAAUUUUUACCAUUUCAACGUGCGGAAUAUUUAAAUUUUCUUCGAUGGAAUUUUAUUGUGGAAUACAGUUGGAUCUUACCUUUUGAAAAGCAAUUGGAUAAAAAGUGGAUGACUAAAAAAAAUCUUUGUUUAUAUUUGAAAAGGAAUUUAUUUCUCUACCAGUUCUUCAACAACCCUGUCCAAAUGUCUGAAGAUGGCACUGCAUAAAGGAACAUUGUCGAUAUUUGAGAACAAUGUUGGGAUAAGUGAUGCUGUCCUCUUGGAUCCAAUGACAGAGGAUGCCUUUAUACAAAACCUUAAUGAACGAUUUAAUCAUCAGCAAAUUUACACGUAUAUUGGAAAUGUUGUUGUCUCUGUCAACCCAUACCACAAAUUACCUCUCUAUUCGCAUCAUGUGAUUGAGGAGUACCGCUGUAGAAACAUAUAUGAAUUACCAGCUCAUAUAUAUGCAAUAACAGACUAUGCCUACCGAUCAAUGAGAGAUCGUAACUUGGAUCAAUGUAUCAUCAUCUCAGGCGAAAGUGGAGCUGGCAAAACGGAGGCCAGCAAAGUAAUAAUGCAAUAUGUAGCACAGGUGUCAGGUAAAGGGGUUGACAUUGACCAUGUCAAGGAACAGUUACUCUUGUCUAACCCAGUUCUAGAAGCUUUUGGUAAUGCUAAGACAGCCAGGAAUGAUAAUUCUUCCAGAUUUGGGAAAUAUAUGGACAUAGAAUUUGAUUUCAAAGGUGACCCAAUUGGUGGGGUCAUAACAAAUUAUUUACUUGAAAAGUCACGAGUGGCAGCCCAAAGUCAAGGAGAAAGAAACUUUCAUAUUUUCUAUCAAUUGCUUAGUGCUGAUGAUACUAGUUUUUUAAAAUCUUUAAAAAUUUCUAGAAAUGCUGAGAAUUACAAUUUUCUGAAGACCAGUGGCUGUGUCCGGGUUGGAACCAUCGAUGAUAAGGAGAACUUCUAUGCUGUCAAGAAUGGAAUGGAAGUAAUUGGUUUCCAAAUCCAAGAAAUCUUUGCAGUGUUUCAAUUAGUUUCCAGUGUUUUAAAGUUGGGAAAUUUAGAGUUUCACCAUCGAAGUAAUGUAGAUGGCACCAAUGGUUGUGUCUUAGUGAACGAGUAUGAGGCCCAGGAGGUUGCCGAGCUGUUAGGUUGUUCCUAUGAAGAGCUGAAGACUGCCUUAACCCAACGCACUGUCGAGGCCCGUGGGGAGAAGUUAAAAACUGACUUAAGCACAGCUGAUUCUGCCUAUGCGAGAGAUGCUUUAUCAAAAGCCAUUUAUAGUCGAAUGUUUUCAUGGUUGGUGCAGAGAAUCAACGAUGGUAUCAGGGUGAAGAAAAAAAACAAAACAAAAGUGAUGGGUGUGUUAGACAUAUAUGGGUUUGAAGUUUUUGAGAACAAUAGUUUUGAACAGUUUAUCAUUAAUUACUGUAAUGAGAAAUUACAACAAAUUUUUAUUGAAUUAACCUUAAAAGAAGAACAAGAAGAAUAUGUGAAGGAGGGAAUUGAAUGGAUCCAUGUGGAUUAUUUCAACAAUGCUGUGAUAUGUGAAUUAAUUGAAAAGAACAAUGUAGGAGUUUUAGCGAUGCUUGAUGAAGAGUGCCUUCGACCAGGAACCGUCACAGAUUUAACAUUCCUUGCAAAACUUGACUCCAUUUGUUCAGAACAUCCUCAUUACGAAAGUCGCGGCUGUAAAAAAAGCAUGUCUGACAGAACGUUGCCUCAUGAAUCUUUUCGCCUCAAACAUUAUGCAGGCGCAGUAACCUAUAGGGUUGAAGGGUUUGUUGAUAAAAACAAUGACCUUUUGUUCCGUGAUUUGUCUCAAGCCAUGUACAGAUGUAAACAUCCUUUACUAAAAGACUUAUUCCCAGAAGGAAAUCCCGCUCGCCCAUCUUUAAAACGUCCAGCCACUGCCGGCUCGCAAUUCAAAGUAUCCGUGGCAGAACUUAUGAAGAACUUAUCCUCCAAGAACCCUAAUUAUAUCCGGUGUAUCAAGCCCAAUGAUUUCAAGAAACCUAUAGCAUUUGAUGAAGAUCUAGUCCGGCAUCAGGUUCGCUACUUAGGGUUAAUGGAGAAUGUUCAGGUGAGACGUGCUGGAUAUGCAUUUCGACAGAGCUAUGGUCAUUUCUUAUAUCGUUACAAGAUGUUAUCACCUUUGACGUGGCCACAUUGGGAUGGACCCGUACAACAAGGGGUCAAGGUUCUCAUGGAAAGUAUGGGAUUUACAAAUAGUCAUUAUGCUUUUGGAAAGACAAAAGUCUUCAUUAGGAAACCAAAAACGUUAUUUGAAAUGGAAGAGAGACGCCGUGGUCAAAUGCAUUAUUUAGCCAUGUCAAUACAGAAAGUGUGGAGGGGCUGGCGGCAGUGGUCCCUAUACCAGAAAAUGAAAUACAGUCAAAUUAUAAUUUCGUGUCGAUUUCGUGGGUACUGGGCACAGAAAUGCUAUUUGCUGAUAAGGACUGCUACUAUAAUCAUACAGUCUUAUUUCCGAGGCUAUAAGGCGAGACAACUCUUAAUGCAGCUCAGACAUCACAAGCGUGUACUUUGGGCCGUUGCUGUAAUACGGAAGUUCUACAAAGGAUGGAAAGUUCGACGAGAAUAUAGAAAUAAAUUCAAAGCUAUUGCUGGUCCAAAAAUAAUUCUUUUCUUUCAAGUGGCUUUAAGGAAAAAAUUCCUGCUCACUCUGCGAGGCCGUUUACCAUCAAUGUCACCAAUAUCAGAAGAAUGGCCAAAAUGUUCAAACAUGUUUAAACCAGUUUCAGAAGAAUUGAGGAAGAUCUUUCAUCGAUGGCGGUGUCGAAAAUAUCGAGAAAAAUUAGAUGUGAUGACCCAGAAUAAAAUGAAAGAAAAAGUUAUUGCAGGUGACAUAUUUAAAGGCAGAAAGGUCACUUACCCACCAAGUGUGCCACACCCCUUUAAAGGGGACUACUUAAACCUCCGCAGUCAUAUGAAAUGGAAGAAGAUGUACGACCACACGAAUGACCAGAACUUAAUCUUUGCAGAUAUGGUACUGAAAGUGAACCGAGCCAAUGGCAAGAUGAUGCAACAGUUGUUUGUAAUGAGCACUGAAGCCAUCCUGUCAAUUGACCAACGGACUAUGACACUCAAGUACCGCAUCCCUCUAGCACAGAUCGACAAAAUCUCAACAAGCCCCUAUAAUGAUAGGCUCAUGGUUUUCCAUAUAAAAAAGGAAAAUGGUGGAAUUCUGAGCAAAAAAGGUGAUUUCAUCUUCUGUGGUGAACAUAUCUUUGAAAUUAUCACCAAGGCCUAUAUUUUGAUACAGAAUAUUUCGGGCAAACCUCCUGAUGUUCACAUCUCAAACCAAUUCUCAGCAGAUCUAAAUGGUAAAAAGGUUGAUGUUUGCUUCCGAAGAGUACCACAAGAAGUGUUACCCGGGGUCUUAAAAAUCACACGAAAGGGAAAUCAAUUUGAUGUACUCCAGCAUUGACCAAAACUUCAUUUUAUCCAAACCUUUGGGUCAUGACACGUAUAUCAAAACCAAGUUGUUACAAUUGGAAAUUCCUCUCACAAAAUUCUUAUUUUUGUUUUAACAUUCAAUGAAAUCUUUUAUAGAACUCCAUUAUGCUUUCUACAGAUUGUUGUAGUAUUUUUAGUUAGACAAAAUUCUUAUUAUUGUUGAAAAGUAAAAACCUCUUUAGAAAGUAUGAAGUCUCAAUCUACUAACUGUAAUUAGGUGGAUAUUAAUCAAAGUGCGUGUGUGUUUGCGUUCUAUAUUUUACCAAGCUACCAUGGGUUAGACAACUAUAUUAAUUAGGCAUUGCUUUAUAUAGCCAGAUGCUUUUUUCUGUUACUGACCCUUAUCUGUUUAACAAGUAAGGGUCUGAUAUUCACAUGUCUUCGAAGAUUCAAAUCAAGCAAAUGAUUUCUUGACAGAAAAGGGACAACAGCAAUAACACUUGUAGUAUGUGACCUUUAUAGAAUGCUAAUGUAAACACACACAUACAAACAUAUAAGCAUACACACAUAUACACACAUAUAUAUACACAUGCAUGCACACACGCAAAUACAUACAUGUAUACAGGCUUUUCUCUGGUUUCACCAAUAAGGCUUUGGUUGGCCAGGAUUAUUGCAGAAGACAAUUGCAAAAGGUGCUAUUCACUGGGAAGCGAACUGCUUAACCUCAUGAACAUGCCUGCCUCUGUGUUUUAUAUAUAGAGUGAUGGUGAGAUUAGACAAGGUUAAAGUACUGAGCCACAAGCCAGGUCAUCACAGUUCAAAUAGUAGCGGGAAAGGUAUUCUGUCGUGACCCUGCGAAGCAAGAUUUCUUUAUCAAAACAACUCUGCUUGAAAGUGACAAUACCAUUGACCACAUCUGUUGCAAAGAUGUGAGAAUUCAUAUAUAUAUAUAUAUAUAUAUAUAUAUAGACAGAGACACACACAUACAUACGAGUGAGGGAGUAUGUGGUUUUCUAGAAAUAGAUUUAUUUUGAACAUUUAUAUUAAAAUAUUAAUUAAAACCAGAAUUUGUGAGAUAGAAUUUUAUAAAUUAAUUUGUGCUAUGUUAAAGUGUUUGAAGCUAAAAUCCAGACCUCUGUGUGU